AUGUUUGUAGGGGUGGGGAAGUCAUGCCUUCUUCUACAGUUCACAGACAAGCGUUUUCAACCAGUCCAUGACUUAACCAUUGGUGUUGAAUUUGGAGCCAGAAUGAUCACAAUCGAUAACAAACCAGUAAAACUGCAAAUCUGGGACACGGCUGGCCAAGAAUCAUUCAGAUCUAUAACAAGGUCUUACUACAGAGGCGCUGCUGGUGCACUUCUGGUUUAUGACAUCACCAGGAGGGAAACAUUUAAUCACCUUGCUAGCUGGUUGGAGGAUGCAAGGCAGCAUGCGAAUGAGAACAUGACUGUCAUGCUUAUUGGUAAUAAGUGUGAUCUUUCACACAGAAGAGCUGUCAGCACUGAAGAAGGAGAACAGUUUGCAAAAGAACAUGGUCUCGUGUUCAUGGAAGCGUCUGCAAAAACUGCUCAGAAUGUCGAGGAGGCAUUCAUAAACACAGCUGGAACAAUCUACAAGAAGAUACAAGAUGGAAUUUUUGAUGUAUCAAAUGAGUCUUUUGGAAUUAAAGUUGGAUGUGGUGGCAAUCCGGAGCCUUCAGGAGGAAGAGAUGGAUCUGCUUCUCAAGUUGGUGGCUGUUGCAGUUAAAAAAUAUCAGUAAAUCAACUAACUCUUCAUUAGAUGCUGUAAUUCUUCCAUCACACACACACACACACAGGGCAUGGACUUUUGCGUCCUUCAAAACUGAAACUACUGUGAGAAAAAGAAAGAAAAGUAGUUUGAAAUGUUGCUAUAUUUGUAAGUUGUUUUAGUUUAUAUUUAAAUAAAGAUUUUGUUCAUGGACUGAUGCAGUCUAAAAAAAAGGUCAAAUGUACGAGC